UAAAAUUGGGACUCCUGAUAAGAAACGUCAAAAGUUGUGAUUUAUUAUUAUAUGUUGUGAUACGCUUUCAUUAUAUAGGCGAUAGUCAAUGGCUUAAAAGGUUCAUUUGGAUAAAGCUGAAUUUUCAAUUUAAAGAAAUUGUCUAUGAAACGGUGAAAUUGUGUAAACAUGCAGAACGUUCAGGACUGGCGCGAACGUGGCACUGAGGAUGCCAAUACCAUUUCAAUGCGCAUUUGCCAGGAGGGACAUGCAAAUGCAUUGGCGUUGAAUAGAGAAUGUAACCAAAUAGCCGUCGCUGGCCGAAGUCUUUUAAAGGUGUAUGCGAUUUAUAGUGAUGGGUUUACAGAAGUCUGCAAUAUGCGCGGUGGUAAAAAUCAAAAUCUUAGUUACUCAUCUAACGAUGUAGCUUGGAGCUCUUUGGAUAGUAAUAUAUUGGCUACAGCUGCCACAAAUGGUGUAGUAUCGGUAUGGGAUCUUAGCCGCUUCGGGCAAAAGAAACAAUUACAUGUUUAUAAUGAGCAUGAACGUACUGCACAUACAGUUGGUUUUGACAUUCACGAUCCGCACAUACUCGUAUCUGGUUCACAAGACGGUACUAUUAAGCAAUUCGACAUACGCAAUGAAAAGUCGUCAUAUACUUAUUAUAGUAAUUCAGAAUCUGUCCGUGAUGUAAAAUUUAGUCCACAUAUGCAAUAUGUGAUAUCAGCAGUAUCAGAAAAUGGCACCGUUCAAUUGUGGGACCUGCGAAAAGGCGACAAAAGUAUUCUACAAUUCACAGCCCAUAGUGGGCCUGUUUAUACUUGUGAUUGGCAUCCUACCAAAAAUUGGUUGGCCACCGGCAGUCGUGAUAAACAAAUAAAAAUUUGGAAUAUGGAUGGGAAAGCAUCGUUGGAGCAUACAAUUCAUACCAUUGCAGUUGUGGGCAGGGUAAAGUGGCGUCCUGAUCGAACUUAUCACAUUGCAAGUUGUGCAUUAGUAGUCGAUUAUAGCAUUCAUGUUUGGGAUAUUCGACGGCCAUACAUACCUUUUGCUUCCUUUAAUGAUCAUACCAAUGUUACUACAGGCAUCGCUUGGAAGGGGGAUAAUUCUCAGCUCUUACUUUCGACCAGCAAAGACUCUACUAUUUAUAGACAUGCAUUUAAAGACGCCUCCCGUCCGGCUUUGAAGGCAAAUGCACAAGGUGCUAGUUUGGGUCAUCGUGGAGAUAUUUCUUUCGCCCGAAAAAUUAAGUUAACACCUACUGAGACUAUUACACAUGGGUCUAAAAUUAAUUCAUUUGUCAAUCGGCGACGGCCCACAAAUACUGAUGAGCAGUUCCAUUUAGCUCAAUCAGAUGUUUGCCAGUUUAUUCUUAAGCCAUCGUACACUGGAUAUUCAGUUGAGGAGGAAACUACACAUUUAAAGGAACAUGAAUGCUUCAUAGGUUGUGCUAAAGAGCUGAUUUUGUGCGGUAGAAAAUUAACAGAUAUGUGUGAACAAAAUGCAAUUGUUACAAAAAAAUACGGAAAGCACAAUGCAACCACAUUGUGGACCUUUAUUAAGGUUUUAUAUGGUUCCACUGAAUUUAGUAAACAGAAAUACGAUAUACAUCGCAACUCUUUUUCUAAUCAAAAAAGUGUGCAAUCGUUACGUCGCCCCGCGCAAAUAGCAAACGUUCACGAAGCGCUUCAGUGGGAUAGUAACCAAAAUAAUGACAUUGCUAGUAAUGACGACAGUGUGGAUAAUGUUAUGCAUCUGGAUACCGAUUCGUCUAACGUUAUAGUGGGCGUAGGUUUGGGGAGCAUUAAACAAAAUUAUCCGCCAUUCGGUUCUGUAAUUCUCUCCGAGACACAAAUACUUAAUGAAAUAACAUUUGACAAUUUUGAUCUACUACGUGAAGGCUUCAUAUACGUCGGACCGCCAGACUUCUCAAAAAUGCAUUCUCACCAAGAAACCGCAUUGCACCAUGACGUACAAGCGGCACGCCCACAAUUAGAUUUAAAACCCGAAUCUAAGGAUACCCCACCGUCAUCCAAUAUGCCAAGCAUUAUCAAAGUAAAUACAACGCCCGCCAUACCUAUUUGGGAGCCUCAUCAAUUUGUUGCGGAAUCGAUAAUGUUGCAAGGAGAUGUUGGCGAUGUGCAAACAAGUAUUUCAAUACUGAUCGCUAUGGGAGAGGCACGAAAACUUCUCCAAAUCGAUGAUGCUCUCGUUGAAACAUGGUUUCAAACAUAUAUCGAUCAACUUCAUCGCUAUCAACUCUGGAACGAAGCAUGUAAAGUAAUGAAUCUUUCAUGGCUUCGUUCAGUGCGCGAACUGAACCAACAAUCCACCUCAGUGCACACAAAUUGUGGUGAAUGUGGACGACCUUUGGGCAGCAGUGUGGGAUGGUACUGUCAGAAAUGCAAAUCAAUGCAGUCAUCAAAGUGCUCUGUUUGUGGUCUCAUCGUGCGGGGUCUUUAUGCGUGGUGCCAAGGAUGCUCGCAUGGUGGUCAUUUAGAACACAUUAUGGAUUAUUUUGGCAAUCACUUUAAAUGUCCCAAAUGUGGUCACUUAUGUGAAUACAAUUAGUGCUUUCAAAUGAGAAUAACUGUUUUACUUAAAACAAUAAACCGUAAAAAUAAAAAUAAAUAAAGCAACAAA